AUGGAAACUAACCUAAUUUAAUAAAGCUCAAGCACUCAAUCUUGGACAAAUAAAGAUUUCAUUGAAUUAAUAUCUGUACAUGACAAUAAGAGCAAGUUAAAGACCUAUCAAUAGGUGAGAUCUGAAUUAUUUUAAAAAGCUCCUCCUAAGGCUGUAAUUGUCUACACUCAUGGAAUGGGAUCUUAUGUAGAUAAGCUCUGCUAUAUAGCCAAAAUUUUCGCUGAAAACGGCUACGAUUUUGUGGGAUAUGAUAGUCUUGGCUUUGGCUAUAGUGAAGGAGAGAGAGGGGUCAUUAAUUCUAUAGAAGAUUAUUUUGAAGAUGCAUAUUAGUUCACUCUGAAAGUGAUUAAUUACUACUAGGAUCUCUAUUCAGAAUCACCAGCUGCUAUAUAGUUCAUUAACUAUGGAUAUAGUUUGGGUGUGAGAGUUUCCAUUGCUGUUUAAAGACUAUAUAAGUUGCGAUAUAGUUAAAAUCUAUUCUCAGUUUUUCUUUGGUAGUCUCCAUAUUUUGAUUUAAAAAUCAAAGACCCCGAAUAUCUUGCCUUCUUAGAAGAAACUUGCUUAACUGAACCUUCAAAAAUAGUAUUAAGGUAAAAUACAGAGACUCAAAUUCCUUAGAAAAAUUCUGAUGAAAAAGAUUAAAAAAUAUAUGUUGCCGAUCCAAUAGCCUAAUAUGGACCAUAUUAGGCUAAAACUGAGCUAAUGUUCAUGAAAAAGAUAGAGUACUUAGUUGAAUAUUAUAAGGAAAUUGAUGUACCGAUAUUUGUUGCAUUUGCCAAUCAAGAUUAAGCUGUUGAUAAUGAUGACGCUGCUUAAAUGAUAAAAACAUUUAAGACACCUAGAGAGUAAAUUGAGAGCAAUUUUUAUGAGAGUGAGCAUAAUAUUUUAUGGGCUGGAAGGGAUGUCUAUAAGCAAAUAGUCUCUGAUUAACUAGCAUUUUUAGAUAGAGUAUUAUAAAAGUGA